AUGUUUUGGAUUAUUAAGUAUUCUUUACUAUUUUUAAUUAUGUAUAUAUCUGGAAUUAAAUAGAUGCGGAAUAACUUUAAUUAGAGAUAGAGAAUUAGCUGAAAAUGAACUGGAAUACUAUAAAUAAAUGAAUUAUGGAUUAUGGACAAUUCUAAUUCCUUUUCUGUAAUUAAAUAAUUUAAUUUAGAACUUUAUUGUUACCUAUUUUUUCUUAAAAAAGAAGAAAUAAGGAUGAAUAACCAAUUUCAGAGAAUUAAAAUGGUAAGAAAGAAGAAUUGGAAUAAUCAGAUAUAAGCCAAAAUAAGAAUUAAGAUCAUAAAAUAAUAAAAAAGGAAGAAUUUGUUUAAACGGAAUUUGGCACAGAUUAUAAUUAUGAGAUGCUUACAUAAGAUAAUAAUAAAGGAGAAAUAAAUGAAAGAGGUUAAGAUCAAAUUUAUACAGAUUUCAAUUAGAAUAUUUUAACAGAUAAUUUUGAGGAGAAUGAAAAAUAAUAAAUAGAAAAUAGUUAAGAUUUACUUUUCCAAUAAAAAAGUGAAUAAAUGAUCAUAGAUGAUAAACAAAAUCAUGAUCUAGCUUUAAAUAAUUUAAGCGACAUAUCUCAUAAUAACAUUCGUUCAUGCAAUGACACAGAAAGAGAAUCCAUUAAUCUAACAACUAAUUCGAAGAUCUUUCAUACUUAUUCUAAUAGUUAUUAACUGAAAGAUUUGAAUUAAAGUUAAGAAUAGAAUUAAGAAAAAUUAUUCAAGAUUUCAAAAAUAUUAGAAAUUAUAGAUGCUGUGCCAAUAAUUGUUUUGAAGAAAUAUGAAGAAUUUGUUACUAAUAACAGAAGAGAAAGAAGAAAUUUAAUUUAUAAAGAUUUAGAUAGUUUUACAGAUUUAGAUGCACAGAGUUAUAUUAAAUUGCUAAAAAAUUUAUUCAGAUUUCAUGAUAACUUGAUUAGAAAAGGAUAAAAAUAUUACAUUCUAAAAAAUAAAAUGGAUUAUAAACAUUUUAUCAAAUCAUUUAAUAAAUAUUUAUUAGAUCCAUUAGCUUCAAAUGAAAUUUUAAGUCAUUAAAGGUUUGCUCUUUAAUAACUAAAAUUUUCAUUACAAAAUAAUUAAGUGUUAUUACAAUAUUAAGUUUUAGAAAUCUAUUAAAUUCUUAUUAAUUUAAUGACUAACCCUAAUGAAAUCCUUAACAAAGUGUUUUCUUAAUUUAAUAAUUAGUCAGAAUCACUAUAUUUAAAUUCAAUCCUAUAAUAUUAUUUGGAAGAUUAUAUAUUUUAUUAUAAAAAAGUAGAAGAUGAAGAUUUCUAAAGAUAUUUAAGUAAAUAUUGUUUAUAUAAAUAGAAAUCUACCAUAACUGUAAUGAAAUUAUCAAUAUGUAAUAUAGUCUUGAUGAAAAGAUGAAUUAAUAUAUUUUUUAAAAAUAAAGACUUUUAAAUUCUAAUUGA